ACACUGGUCAGUGCGCAGGCGCCCUUUCUAGUCGCGCUUCGCAGCCUGUAAACAGGAGGGGGCCAGCUGGAGACAACUUCUGCUUCCGGGUCACGAAUUGACAGCGGCUUUCAAGAGCCAGCUCGGCCCCGCGCGUCGGCAGUUUGGAGCAUGUGAACAUACUCUGAGCCUUGAUGAGUUCCAGUAUGUGGUAUAUUAUGCAGAGCAUUCAGAGCAAAUACUCUCUCUCAGAGCGCUUAAUCCGAACAAUCGCUGCCAUUCGGUCCUUCCCACAUGAUAAUGUAGAGGACCUCAUCAGAGGGGGAGCAGAUGUGAACUGUACCCACGGCACACUGAAGCCCCUGCACUGUGCCUGCAUGGUGUCGGAUGCCGACUGUGUGGAGUUACUCCUGGAAAAAGGAGCUGAGGUGAAUGCCCUGGAUGGUUACAACCGAACGGCCCUCCACUAUGCAGCUGAGAAAGAUGAGGCUUGUGUGGAGGUCCUGUUGGAGUAUGGUGCAAACCCCAAUGCACUGGAUGGCAACCGAGACACCCCACUUCACUGGGCAGCCUUUAAGAACAAUGCUGAGUGUGUGCGGGCCCUCCUAGAAAGUGGGGCCUCUGUCAAUGCCCUGGAUUACAACAAUGAUACCCCACUCAGUUGGGCUGCCAUGAAGGGAAAUCUUGAGAGUGUGAGCAUCCUUCUUGAUUAUGGUGCAGAGGUCAGAGUCAUCAACCUAAAAGGCCAGACACCCAUCUCCCGCCUGGUGGCUCUGCUAGUCAGGGGACUUGGAACUGAGAAAGAGGACUCUUGCUUUGAGCUUCUCCACAGAGCUGUUGGACACUUUGAAUUAAGGAAAAAUGGUACCAUGCCACGAGAAGUGGCCAAAGACCAGCAGCUAUGUGAAAAACUGACUGUUCUGUGCUCAGCCCCAGGAACUCUAAAAACUCUCUCUCGCUAUGCUGUGCGCCGUAGCCUGGGACUCCAGUAUCUGCCAGAUGCAGUGAAGGGCCUUCCACUGCCAGCUUCUCUGAAGGAAUACCUGUUACUUGUAGAAUAGCCUGGAGGAGACAUUUGCACCAUCACGCAGAGAACUCUGGGUGAGAUUUUUCCCUGCAACACUGUCUUUGUCUUAGAAAACAGGAAAAGCUGUUGUUCCUGUUGUGUGGUUUAUAUUUCGAGGCAAUGUCUCACAACAGUAACUUCUACAUCACCUCCCCUCCCCAAACCAAGCAACCAAACAAAAGAAAAAUCCCUCACUUGUGUUUUCUGUUUAUUGCUUUCAUGGCUUUUUAUAUUGUACCCUGCAAAAGAAGAGGUCUCCCCCACCCUCCCCUUUAGGGAAAAAGUCAACAGUGCAACUAAAUUUCUCUAGGAAGAUGAAGAGUAUUUAAAGAGUGUGUGUUUGGUUUUCCUUUGGGGACAUGAUUAAUGUUUCAGAAGAAUCCUUCUAGAAGCAUUUUAGUUGAUCUGUGAAGAAGUUUAAGAAAAUUCCAGCUAACAAUUGUGGCCCAAAGAUGAAGAUACUACAACAUCAAAUGGUGUGCAGAUUCAGAAUUGGGGCUGCAAGAUAGCCCUAGAGGGCCACAUCAUGGGGUGUUCAGAAGGGACUGGCCCCCCUUUUCAUCAUCAAAGAAAACAGCAGCCUUUGCCUCUUUUCCAUGGGUGUGCCCAAGGGUUACAGUAGUGCAGCAAUGUCAUUUCAGAAAGGUUGUCUUGCUGUUUUCCACACAGUAGACGAGAUAGCAGGUUCUAAGCAGUCCUUAGAACUCUUCUUCUAGUGCAGUUCUCUCUCUUCCAGAAAGCCAGUUUGCUCUAAUGGCUUCGCAGGCAUUUCCGGAACCGUAGGCGGAGGUGUCUGCUCUAGGAGAGGAGAUGGGCUGGGCUGCCUUUUUCCGUGGGUCUUCUUCAUUCCCUAUAACAAGCUCACUCUGCUAAGAGUUUGGAGUUAUUUUUCUUUCCAUUGUUUUGGAACCUUUGCUUUUGACUGAUCUAUACAAGACAUUGGUGGAGUUGGGGAGUAGGGAAAGAGCGUCGUAAGAGCUUUUUAGAUGGCUCACCUACUCCAAAAGGAUCUGUUUUAGUGAACAAUAGUCAACAAUACCCUUCCUUUUCAUGUUCCUAAACUAGAUCAAAUUAUUAUUGAUCUUAGAUGACCUGUAUGCAAAUUUGAAAAACUUUUUUUUAAACUGAUUGGGAACUACACAUAAAAAUGAACGGAAUCUGCUGACACAGCUAAUUUGAAAAAGUAUGUCUGCUUUUGUCCUUUUGCUGUUGGUGUUUUUUGCUCACUUAAGAAAAAAAGAAAUAAACAGUUCUAAAAGUAAGUCUGGCAGUUUCUACUGUUCCUACUUUCUCCACAUUAUUUAAUCACCCUGAGCCCCAGUGUCCUCAACUCUGAAAUGGGGUUUGCACCACCCCCAUCAUAGGUUGUGUUGAGGAUUCAGUGAUAACAGUGCUUGACAUUAUUAUUAUUAAUUUCCCUUCCUCUUAAAGAACUGUACAAAGAGCAUUUGGCUGCUUUAAUUCCAGACUCUGACAAGCCUUCUCAGUCACUAUUUAGAACUUGUCGGGGUACAGCAGGAAUACUUUGGAGAGCCAGCACAAGUGCUGUACUAGAGAUAAUCCCCCCCCACACCUCGUAAACCUUGAACCUCUGCUGCUUCAUCAAGCAAGUGGGGAAACUGGGUGGGAAGGAAUACGUAUGCCUGUGCUGGGAGCCAGGAUCUGGUUAUUGGAAGCUAAUCUUAAACCUGGCAUUCACAGGGCACCAUCCUGUCAAUUUGGGGUAUAAUCUGUAGUCCCAGUCCUGAAAACCAACUGCCUUACAUGGGCACUUGGCUAAUGAGGAGGAAGGAGCUAUUGUUAUGGAA